AUGGGCCAAACAUCUGAAUUGGGAACGCGUCCACGAGAUACGCCUCUGGAUACCGCAAUCAAUGCUUCAAUCUUUGUCGCCUUCAAUGGAUUUCCAACUGGACCCCCUGCAUCCACUGAUCGCGAUACUAAAAUCAAGAAUCUGAAGCGUCAUAAUCGUCUUGUUCGUGCGAAUAUUGUCAAAGCUUUCGUGGUUGAGAAAGAGAAGCUGUUGGAGAAAUUUAAAGACGAUAUUGCGAAGCAGAAAGAUGCUAUUGACACAGGAAAAGCUAAUCGAGUUGUGAUUUCGAUCAAGGAGCAUGCGAGGGAGAAGAACAAUGAAAAGGAACUUGAAGAUCUCUCUUGGCUGAGAGGUCCAAGAUGGUUGUUGGAAUUGCAAGCACAGGAUAGGAAUGGGGGAGUCAAUGAUGUUUCCCACCAGGAAAUGCAGAAUAGGGAUAGGAGAUUGAGGAAGGAAAUGGAGGGGCAUAAGAGUGAAGAGUAUGAGUGGAACCCUAAGGAUUUCCGUGGCCCUACGCCGGAGAGUGAGACUACGGAAGACAUAGGUGGCAACAGGGAUAGUGAAAGAGAUAUUGUGAUGGGAGGGUUGAAUUCAUCGAGUGUGUCGCCCACAGAACUCACUACUCCGUCUAACACGACGGCACUUUAUGAGCUCGAACAGAAGCUGGAUCGAGAUCUACAGCAAUUGCUGGAAGAGGGGAUCAAAAGAAUAAAGGAGUAUGAUGUUCAUGCGGACAAUUCCGUGAAACGGUUUAAAGACAGAUUGGCGCAGGAUAUUAUCAAUGGCCUUGGAUUGGACAUAACGGAGGGUGAACAACUGAAGAACAUAGGGUCGAAAAUCAAUUUACCAACUCCUUCCGGGCCUCAUGUGAGUAUACUGAAAAGGAAGUCUGUUUCGAUGCAAACGCCUGUGGAUUCAACAGCCAGUAUUCCGAAAAAAUCGGUAUCGAUCCAGACUCCAUUGGAGAGCGGGGCUGAUUGCGGUAGUACUUCGAAGAAGUCGGUAUCAAUCCAUCCUCUAAAAGAGAAUGGUGGUAGUUCUUCAAAGAAACCCAUAUCACUUCAAAUACCACCCAAAACUCAAAAUGGAGUUCUGGGGAGACCACUUGUACACAGUCCAAUGGACAUUACUGGUAGAGCUUCAAAGAAAGUCCGUCUUGACGAUCCCUUCUGGACUGGCCCUUCAAGUUCAAGUUCAACUCCGCUGUCCAUAAAUACUCCAACCAGUGCACGGAGCCAGGUUUCUUUCCCGACGAAUGCUCCCACGGGCCCAGCAAAGUCCAGGCGUUCCUCAAAUUCUUCGAGUGGACCUCCUACUCCUAAUACACCGAAUGUUCCGAAGGAUCCGGCAAAUCUUAAAUAUUCCAGGCGUCCAUCAAGCUCCUCGAGUCGACCGCAGAGUCCCAAUAUGCCGACCUUCCUCGCCGGCUCUGCGAAUGCCAAUGCAUCUACACCCAAUCUUUCCCAUUCUCGGAGUGCGCCAAAGGAUUCUACUUCUCCUCGUCGGCCAUCUAAUGCUGGUCUGCGAGGUGGUUCAGCUUCGCCGUCCAUGGUCUCUACACCAUCGACAGAUUCUAAAAGCACUGAUUUCCACGUUGGCAAAAGUUUCAUAUCAUCAUUCACCUGGCUCCCAAAGCCUGGUGAUCCAUGUGAUCUAAAGAUUUUAAUCGGUGAUGAGAUUGAAAUUACUAAACAUGAAUCAAGGGACGAUUAUAUUGCAUUUAACAAGACUUCGAGAAAGCCGGGCCAUAUUGAUAUCAAAUAUUUCAAGCAGGACAUUGAGCCCAUCGGACUGCUUGGUGUAACCUUUACAUCUCCAAGCCAAUAUCAUCCUAAAUCUUUCAACAACUUUUAUGAUUUAGAGAUUGAUUAUGGUGAUAAAGUCAAAAUCACGUCGCAUCACUCCGGCGAGGCAUAUGUAGGCUUCAAUAUGAGAACAAAAAGGGCGGGAAUGUUGAAUACGAAAUAUUAUUUGAAGGAUAUCGAAGACACUCAGCUUAUCAACAAAAUCGCCAUGCGAUCUGGCCCCCGUUACAAUCAUAAUGUCGAUUCUCCUAUCUCACAUAUCGGUAAAACCUUCAUGGCAACAGAUACGCAGAGUCCAAAACACCCUAAAGAUGUGGCUACGCUAAAUAUUAGAAUUGGCGAUAAAAUUGAAAUUACCAAUUAUAAUUCUGGAAACACUUUUGUGGGUUUCAAUAAGAUAUCAAAAGAAAAAGGGCAAUUCAACAUGGAAACUUUCUGGGAGGAUGUCAAGAAAUCUAGUCUUGAAUCUAUUGGCAGACCAUCCACAUCCAAGAAGAACCCCCAAAACAGCAUGAAUGUACACGUUGGCAAAACUUUCAUUGCAUCACACGACUAUUAUCCACGUGGUGAUGCAGCUGAUGAUCUGCCCAUAAGAUAUGGAGAUGCCAUCGAACUUGUCAGGCAUGAUUUUGGUGACAUGUUUGAAGGGUAUAAUGCCAGAACAGAUAGGAUGGGGCUAGUCAAUAUCUCAUACUUUAAGAGAGAUGUCAAUUCUGUUGAUAAAAAUGGAGAAUCUUUCUCAGCAACGGGGUUUCGACGUUCCGAAAAUUACUCAUAUGAUAUUGGUAUUCCACAGACCGACGGUGCCGACGACUCCGAGUAUUAUCCCCAAAUCACCUCCGCUACACAUGUUGGCAAAAAAUUCAUCUCAUCACACUCUUGGCUUCCUAAUAAUGGUAUUGAUCUUGCAAUAGGCUUUGGCGAUACUAUUGAAAUUAUCAACGACAAUUUUGAGGGGAACUAUGAGGGUUACAAUAUCAGGACUCAGAGGUAUGGCCGAUUUCAAGCCAGGUUCUUUCAGAAAGAUAUUGAUGCUCUUGACUACAUUGGAAAGAUUUUCACAGCCACGAGCAGCCUAUACGAUCCGGAUUUUAAUGCCCUACAGAUCAACAUUGGUGAUGCCAUUGAAAUCACGAACAUCAUAGGCCGAGAUUUGUACACGGGAAACAACCUAAGCACCGGGCAAAUGGGAGGCAAGUUCUACAUUGAUCUGCUUCGAGAAGAUGUCACACGUGGUCAUUAUGCUGGUAUUUAUGACAACCGGGGAAACGAAGAACAUCGCCAUUUUGCUGAUGAAAUCCCGGACGACCAUUCCGCACAUGAACCCCAAGAUAAAGCUUCACCUCACCAUUACAUCAACAAAGUCUUCACAGCAACAAGUAGCCAGAGUCCUCGAGGGCCUUCAGACAUCAUCACGUUAUCUGUCUCCAUAGGUGAUAUGAUUGCAAUCAACAAAUUCGUCUCCGGCUCGACCUUUCGCUGCUUCAAUAUUACGAGUGGCGAAACCGGACAUGUCAAGUUGGAUAAUUAUUGGAAGGAUAUCGAGACUGCUGAGAGAUUGAAAGAUGGUAUGGAUGUUGAUUUGCCUCCUAGUCGAAUCUCUACGCCUGGGAAUUUGAGGCAUGGUGUACACCAAGAGCAAUGGCAGCAAGGACAAUCGGACAAAACCAAAUUUAAGAUUAAAGGGGCGUCGCGGAACCCAUCGAUUGUCAGGGAGUCUUUCUAG